CAUACUCCUGCGAUACCACAAUCGCGACUGUGGUCGUUCCGGGCACCAGUCCAACAAGAUAUAUCCAGGAAGGGGUUGCCGCCAACCAAAGAUAACUGAAAAAAUGGUGGUUAAAAUUAUCAUUAUCGGGGCUGGCGUUGGUGGUACAGCAGCAGCUGCUAGACUUAGCAAAAGAGGAUUUCAAGUAGAAGUUUUUGAGAAAAAUGCAUAUAAUGGUGGAAGAUGUUCACUUAUUCAACACAAAGGACAUCGAUUUGAUCAAGGUCCAUCAUUGUAUCUGAUGCCUAAAAUAUUUGAGGAGACAUUUGAAGAUUUGGGAGAGGACAUUAAAAAUCACAUCGAUUUAUUGAAGUGUCCUUCUAAUUACAGUGUACAUUUUCAUGACGGGGAAACAUUCGAACUUACCACAGAUAUAUCGAAAUUAUCUCGUUCUUUAGAAAAAUACGAAGGCAGUGGUGAAUCAACAUUAAUUAACUUUUUGAGCUAUUUAAAGGAAACUCAUGUACACUAUCAAAGGAGCGUUAAAGUUGCACUCAAGACUGAUUUCCAACAUUGGUAUGACUUUUUCAAUCCGAAACAUAUACCAGAUGUAAUCCAACUGCAUCUAUUGGACACAGUUUACAACAGAGUUUGUAAAUAUUUCAAGAGCGACUACAUGAGAAAGGCAUUUUCAUUCCAGACUAUGUACUUGGGAAUGUCACCAUAUGAUGGCUUAGCUCCCUAUAGCUUACUGCAGUACACCGAAAUAGCGGAAGGGAUUUGGUAUCCGAAAGGGGGUUUCAAUAAAGUUUUGCAAAGUCUUGAACAAAUUGCCGUACAAUAUGGGGCAAAGUUCAAUUAUAAAACCAAUGUCCAAGAAAUAAUAGUGGACGACAAAGGAGUGGCAAAAGGAAUCAAAAUGGUGAAUGGUGAUGUGGUAAAUAGUGACAUUGUAAUUUGUAAUGCAGAUCUCGUAUACGCGUACAACAAACUUUUGCCAAAAACAUCAUACGCCAAUAAGCUCGGGAAAAAAGAACUCACUUCAUCCUCGAUAUCAUUCUAUUGGUCAAUGAAAACAAUUGUGCCACAGUUGAAAGUACACAACAUUUUUUUGGCUGAAAAAUAUAAAGAAAGUUUCGAUCAAAUAUUCAAGGAUCACACUUUGCCCGAUGAACCAUCGUUUUAUGUUAACGUACCUAGUCGCAUCGAUCCGUCAGCGGCGCCAGAAGGAAAAGACACAAUCGUGGUUUUAGUACCGGUGGGGCAUAUAUCGAAUGUACCUAAUAUUGAUUUCGAUAAACUUGUGGAGAGAGCAAGGGAACAAGUAAUCGACACAAUCGAGAAAAGAUUGAAGAUUUCCAACUUCAGAAGUAUGAUCGAUCAUGAGAUAGUAAACGAUCCGAGAACAUGGCAAAAUGAAUUUAAUUUAUGGAAAGGGUCUAUACUAGGAUUAUCUCAUUCAUUAUUUCAGGUUCUAUGGUUUAGACCUAGUUUGAAAUGUAAAAUAUUUGAAAACUUGUACUUUGUCGGCGCUUCAGCGCAACCUGGUACUGGUGUGCCAAUAGUUUUAUGUGGUGCAAAAAUGCUAGAAAAACAGUUGUGCGAUAGGUUCUUGGACAGUAAAGUUGAAAUAAGCAUAUGGUCGAAGUGCGUUUCAUUUUUAAUCGGUCUUCUAGCACUUCUGAUUUUUUGGUUUUUUUUUAGAUUUUAGUAAUAAGCUACACCUAUGGAACACAUUUAUGUGUUAUGUGUGAAUAUAUAUAUAUUACGAGUUUAUCAUUUUAUUAUUGUAAUUCACUUUAAAUUCAUAUUAUAAGAUGUAAUGUAAUGGUUGAAAAUAAGCAAUGUUGACGUUUUAUGUAGCCAUGUAGGUACACUUUUAUGUAGUUUAAUAUAUACAUUGUAAAUAAGUUAUGAUUAAAUGGUUUAUUGUGAGAAUGGUAUGAAUACUAUAAUAUAUACACAUAUCAUUUAUAUUGUAGAUAAUAACUAAUAUGUAAUAUAAAUGUAUUAAAAAUAUUAUUGUUAUCUAUAUAAUGUAUAUACUCACUAUAAUACAUUCGAUUAUCUUACGGUGUUGGAUAUUUUAAAACUGAAGUAUUAAACAUUUGAGCAUAUUUUUUACUUUUAUACUUUUCUAAAAUGUAGCUUUUACAUUUUAGUACAUUUAUUUAUGUAAAUUUAACCGCAGCAAAAGAAGUAUACCUAAAAUAAUUAUACAUCAACAUAUGUAGAGUACAGAGAAAAAACCAGAAAAGUAAUUUUAUUUUCAAAAUUGUGGUUUCGCUAUCAAAUUAUUUGUAUUGGGGUAUUCUAUAUUUUAAGCGUUUAAACUAGAGAAAAAAAUAAAAAAUCAGAUUAUUCGAGAGUUAUGACCGCCGAAAACUUAGGCAUACAGCUAUAGUUUAGAAAUUAAAAACGCGUUUUUCUGGGAAUGAAAGAAAAUUGACUUUUCUGGUUUUUUCUCUUUACCCGUGUUAUAUGAAAAUUGUUUUUAAUUAAAAAUUACUAAUGCUAUUAUUUAAAAAUACUAUACAUUUAAUUUAUUUAAAUGUGUGCUAACAUCCAUAUAAAUGAUUAAUUAUUGUUUUA